AUGGCAGAUUCUCAAAACCCAAAUCCGUUCGAUGACGGCUACACAACACCCGAACCACAAGACAAGUCCUUGCCGUGUAGUAUUACAAUUCUUGCAAUACUUUCAACGGCCUUAGGGUUUGUUGGCCCAAUCAUUAUAUUCUUUUUGGAGAAGAAGAAUCAAUACAUAAGACUUGUGGCUUGCCACAGUGCCUUAUGGCAUUUCAUUUUAGAUCUCUUACUCAUUAUCAUCGCACUCUUCCUCUUCUUCGAUCACUGGUUCACCUACACACUUUUCGCCAUUUACUUGCUCCUUUUCAUUCUUUUCUCUAUCUUCCUCAUCGUUAUGGCCUAUUUCAGAGUCGAGUCCGGUGAAGCUUUCCUUAUCCCGGGAAUAUCAAUCAUCGUUAAAUAUCUCGAAAACAAUUUCUAA